AUGAUUUCUAGAACAAAAAUAGCUGCUUCAAAAGUUGUUUUAUUAACAGAAUUGAAUUCGUCGAAUCAAGAUGUAUCGUCCAAUUGUAAAUAUGAACAGAAAUUAUGGGACAAACUACGACUUAUCGUCACUGACCUUCAUUAUUGUUGUGAAACAGUCGAAUUAGAUAAACUUGAUUUUCAAGAAUAUGAAUCUGUUGAUAAAUUUCUCAAUGCUGCUAUUGUUAUCAUGGUAUGGAGCGAUUUGGUUAUUUUUGCUAAGGAGAUAUUUGUUUUUUUUUCUGUCCUUGAGGAUGUUACAAACGCAGAGCGUCGACCUACGUUCAUGUACCACAAAGGUAAUCGUGAAAGUAUCAAUUGUAUGGACGAUAUUGUGUUAAUUCAAGCGAACAGUGUGGAAAACUAUGCAGAUAUACAAGAUUUAAAAACAACAUGUAAAAUCAAACGAUUGAUCGUUUAUCGGUAUGAUGAGAAGAAAGAUGCGUUCUAUGAUGUCACGACACAAUCGAAGCAGUCACCGAUAUCACUGAAGAAAAGUCUUCGACCAUUGCUGAACGAAGCAGCAAAGAAUAUGGAAAAAGAGUUAUCUACUCGCUAUUUGAAUCUUAUGGAAAAACAUCGGAAUAAAUUUCAUGACGAACAAUCGCAACGAGAUUUUCUACGGAAAGAGAUUUGCGAUGAAAUAUUAACAGAAAGAAAUAAAAAAUAUGCAACACCAAUGUUAAUUAUUAAGUUAAUGUACGCUUUUCGAGAUAUACAAGAUUAUCCCUCAAUGAUUGAAUUGAUAGAACGUUGUGAACAAUAUCCGAGUGUUUCAAAAAAUAUACAAAAUAAUACCAUGAUAUCAUAUCUAACUGCGUUUGCUCAUAGCCGACGGAAUGAAAACAGCGAUCGAGAUAAAGCUUUAACAAUCCUCGCAAGAUUAUGUCAAACGAAACGAUCGGAAAAUGAACUAUCGAAUGAUAUUAUUUGUUUAUGCGGAAGAAUUUAUAAAGAUAAAUACAGAGAAUCAGAUUGCCGAGAUAAGAAGGCACUAGAUAACGCAAUUGAAUGGUACCGAAAAGGAUUCGCUGCUGACCCGAAUAUUUACGCUGGAAUUAAUUUACUUUUGCUAUUAGCUACAACAACAGAUAACGUUACAACGAACAAAGAAGCUUAUGAUAUCAUUAAUCAGCUGAGUGUAUUACUUGGGAAGAAAAGUCGUUCGUUGAGAGAUCUGAAUGAUUACUGGGAUGUAGCCACAUAUUUUGAGUUACACGCUGUUCGACGUGAUUGGCUGAAAGCUUGCCAAGCAGCUUUACAUAUGUAUCUGCUCAAUCCGCCGAUUUGGCAUUUGAAAUCAACAGUAAAUAAUUUAACAAUUCUUCAUCAAGCGACACGCGUACGUGAUCAACAAAAGCCGCACGAACAAUCACAAGAGCAACCGAAUCAAGAGAAAAUCUACAGUUUUUGGAUGGAUUUUUUUGAUGACGCCAUCAGUUCUUGUUCAACAUCGUCCAAAGAAAGAGAACUACCUGCACAGAUACCUAUUCUCGUGUGCGAUAAUUACGAACACAUGUCUGGAGAAGUCUUAAAUAACAUCUACGUCGAAGCAUUGUUACAAUUGAAUCUUCGCACGAGUAGUGGACGUGAAAAUUUGGUCAUUCGAAUACUUGAACAGCAAAAUCAAAUACACGGAGAUCAUCGUGUGAAGACGAUCCACAUGAAUUCCAUACGGUCGAUUGUAAAUCUUAAACCAGACAACCGAGGAAUAUUCUUGUUUGCAUCGGAAAACUCUGAACCAUUCACAUCGGUCGAUAUGCAAUUAUAUUUCUCGUCAGCCGAACGACGAACAGCUUUCAAUGAAAUAGUGUCCAAAUAUCGAGUCGAAACGACUAUACCGGAGGUCAAAAGAGACUUUGAAUUGGAAUUCGAUCGCGGCGAGUUUGGACAACGUCUCGUGCUAGGUGAUGGCAAAUAUGGAAGAGUCUACCUUGCUCGAGAUCGUAAAGGAGGCGAAAAAGUGGCCGUUAAAGAAAUUCAAAUGCGCAAUUCAAAUUACACAGAAGUUCUCGAGAAUGAAAUCAAAAUUCUCUCAACACUCAACCACAAAAAUAUUGUUAGCUAUCGUGGAUCGGCGAUCGGAUCGAGUAGAGGAGGUCCAGUUUUUCAAAUUAUUAUGGAAUAUGUCGACGGUGGUAGUCUUUUAAAGCAUUUGAAAUUGAAACCAUUUUCCGAAGAAUCAAUUAAAAAUUACACUCGACAACUCCUGGAAGGUGUUCAAUAUCUACAUGAGAAUCGAAUUCUACAUCGCGAUAUCAAAUCUGCUAAUGUACUUCUCAAUUCGAAAGGGGAGAUAAAAAUCGCCGAUUUUGGUACAUCGAAGCGUUUAGCAGGAUUGCAUCGUUGUCUUGAAGAUGUUGUUGGAACUCCUCCUUACAUGUGUCCCGAUGUUGUCGUAGUGCCUGUUAUGGGCUAUGGACCUGAAGUUGAUAUUUGGAGUGUUGGAUGUACAGUCAUUGAAAUGGCAACAGGAAAGAAUCCAUUUCAUCAUAUAGCUAAUCAGUUUAAAGUGUUGCAAAAGCUUGCUGAUGAAAAGCUGCCACCAGCAAUUCCGCCCGAAUUAUCUGAUCUGGCGAAAGAUUUCUUGGCCAGGUGCUUUGAACCAAACAGUACGCGUCCGUCUGCGAAAGAUCUAUUGAAUCAUUCAUUCUUAAAAAUCAACAAUACUCUAGCACGAGAAUCGAGUUGCAAUCAUGUCAACGAUAGAUGUUUUAGUUCCUUACGUCUGUCGGAUUCAUCGUCAUCUUUGCUAAGUAGUCACGUGGCUUCCGAGCAACAUCACAAAGCUUCAGGUCAAAUUUCGGUUGAUGACCGUCGUCGAUCACAAUUAGUAACUAUUUUUCGCGAUGAUGAUAAUGAAGAGAUGCUUAUCGAUAAUUGGAUGUCGUUUAUCACAGAGAAAAGAGAGACGAACCUACUAAAUCAAGACAAACUGGCAAUCUUACUAGAUGGUAUUUGCGAUUAUUUGGACAAAGAAAAUGCUGAUUCAUUAAAACAAGCAUUAGACAAGAUUUGUGAUGAAACAACAAUUGAUGAACAUCUUCAAAUGGAUCUCGAACAGUCAUUUUAUCUUUUCAUCAAAGCUGCAAAUAGUGUACUUUCCAAAAUCAACGAUCUUCCUCCGUAUGUGUUGUUUGCUCUCGACAAUAUUGUUCGCCGCAUUGCUGAGCAGCUUGUUGGUUUUAUCAGAUCAGAUUUUAUACCUGCUGCUGUCUACAGAGUUCCAUCGACACCGAACGGCGAUCGCGCCAGUAGUGUUGAUGAAUCAACCAAUGAUGAAGUCACACGUUUAUAUCAACAAUAUCGUAAACUUGCUGAGAAAAAUCGCGAAAAGCUCUACGAAUUAAUUAGUCUUGAACGUAAGAACCACACAGAUCUGACCGGACUAGUCAAUAGUCACAGAAAUAAUUCAUCAAGUGAAAUCGCUGAAGUAUUUUUGCCUGCUGACUCAUUAACACCAAAAGAAGAACCGAACUCAUCGAUAUUACCAGUGAUUGAAGAAUCUAAUGAAAGUCCAAUCAUACCACCGGCAAAUCUUUCCAAAGGAAUCAAACGUUCGCGUGCACUUUUCGAGCUGGAACAAGAGCAUGAAGCUUUAUUAACCGUACACACUUAA